UUUCGCUCAGUGUAAUGAGGAGUGUUUCGCAAUAUCUCGUGGAUCUGGCAAAAAAAUCCGGUGCUAUCCCUGCGAGAGGGAUAUUUUCCUUUUCAGGAAAGAAAAAUCUGGGAAUAUUUCAUCCAAUUUCACCAGGAAAAGUCAGUCCUGAGAGAUCCAUCCCUGCCCACAUCAAUGUGCCUCCAUACUAUCUUAAGCCGCAAGAGCCAUCUUCCACGGUGGGCGAUGUGGAAAUCAAAUGUGAAAAUACCGUCGCGAGAAUGCGAGCAAGCUGCAAAUUAGCAGCACGGAUUCUGAAAGAGUGUGAGAAAGUCGUUCAAGUGGGCAGGACAACUGAUGAUAUUGAUGCCUUUGUGCAUGAGGCAAUCCUUAAGGCCAAUGCCUAUCCGUCGCCACUGAGGUACGGUGGUUUCCCAAAAUCCGUAUGUACUUCGGUAAACAAUGUCGCUUGCCACGGCAUUCCCGAUGAUCGUCCGCUCGAGGAUGGAGAUAUAAUCAACGUGGAUAUCACAGUGUACUUCCAAGGUCACCACGGAGACUGUUCCAGAACAUUUCUUGUUGGGAAUGUUGAUGAAAUUGGCCAGAAGCUCGUGAGAGUGGCUGAAGAGUGCCUCAUAGAGGGAAUUGCGGCUUGUGGUCCGAACAUGAAGUUCUCAGGAAUCGGGAAAAACAUACAAAAUCACGCGAAAAGACAUAAAUUUUGCGUUGUACCGGCGUUCAUUGGCCACGGAAUUGGAUCCUAUUUUCACGGUCCUCCGGAAGUGCUGCAUUUCAAAAAUUCUGCAGGCGGAUUCAUGAAGCCGGGAAUGGUUUUUACCGUGGAACCAGUAAUCUCAUCUGGAGGUCCAGAAGUAGAGAUCCUUGAGGAUAACUGGACAGCCGUGAGUGUGGAUGGGUCUCGCAGUGCUCAAUUUGAGCACACGGUUCUCAUCACGGAUUCAGGCGUGGAAAUCCUCACGAUUCCCGAUCAAUAA